AUGUCUCUAUAGAACUAGGCAUAGACAUGUAACUGGUCAGAAACAGUGGUAACUGCCGCCAAAACCCCAACUUUAUUAGUUUGUGUUAUCUUUGAUUUUGUUUUGACCAGAAUUUUAGGUAAAAUGCCCAAAAGAGAGAGAACCUGGGAGUGUGAACAUGAAAGGCAGAAGAAACAGUACAUUACUGGACGAAAGUUUAGUACUGAAAGUAGUCAACCAUCAAUGGAUGACAUAUAUGAUAAAACUUUUAAGUAUCUAUAUGAUGGAGCAAAAAAACCAAUAGAUACUCUUAUUCCCAUGACCAUGGAAUACGAGGAUGAAGAGAUGGUACUUGGAACAUCUGAAGAUGAUACUCAACCUUUAGAUGGUAUACAGCCAGUGCAUGAUGUACAUCAGGCUGAAGAGAAUACCCAGUAUCCUGAUUCAGGGUUUAUGGACUCUGAUGGUUCUUGUUGCUUACCAGAUCACAAAGUUUUAUGCGGUAUUGAAAACCAAGUGCCAAACAAUAACCUCUACAUGGGUGACAUUACCUGCAACUGUAAAUCCAUGAAACAGACCACUCUCGAGCAAUUCUGGCUGUCUAAAAAAGGCAGAGAGCUUAAGAUUCAGGAGGGCAUAAUGUCUCCCACCCAUAAAAUCAAAGGAACUGGCCCAAAGGAGAUGUGGCAACAAUCCUGCUUUUCGCAGAGAUUUUAGCUGUGUAUUUGACAAGCAUCAAGUUACCAUACACCAAGUGAUGUGAAAAGUAUACGCUUCAGCAAGGAUUUUCGUUCCUUUUCUUCAAUAGGGCUAGUAAUUUUAAAAUUUUGCUCAACAGCUCAUUUGUUCUGUUAUCAACAUUUCUUAGUCAUUACUUGUUUUGUGCUAUUUUAUUCUUGUAUGUGAGUUUAUUUUAGUAAAUUAGUGUUAAAUAACUCCCCGCUGUAAAUUAAUUAUUCCAAAUUUUACGCUUUACCUAUCCGAUAAAAAUAUUAGGAAUAUUUCAUUUCCAUUGGCCAAUCAAUAUUUUGUACUACUAGACUGAUUAAUCAUGUAUCAUUAUUCCCUGAAAACUGAUUAAAUGUUAUAAUUUACUGGGCACAACUGUUGCACAUUUUAACUUUUCUUGACUGGUCAUUUUCACUACUCCUGAAUAUACUCACUCAAUCAAUCAAUCAUUAAAGUUCCAUCAAGGCAAGUAGUAGUUUUAAUAUUUUGUUCAACAGCUCAUUAAUUUAGUUAUUAAUUUAGUUUAAUCAUUGUUCUGUUAUCAACAUUUCUUUGUCAUUACUUGUUUUGUGCUAUUUUAUUCUUGUAUGUAAGUUUAUUUUAGUAAAUUAGUGUUAAAUAACACCCGCUGUAUAUUAACUAUUCCAAAUUUUAUGCUUUACCUAACCGAUAACAAUAUUAGGAAUAUUUCAUUUCCAUUGACCAAUCAAUAUGUUAUAAUACUAGACUGAUUAAUCAUGUAUCAUUAUUCCCCGAAAACUGAUCAAUUGUUAUAAUUUACUGGGCACAACUGUUGCACAUUUUAACUUUUCUUGACUGGUCAUUUUCACUACACUUGAAUAUACUCAUUCAAUCAAUCAAUCAUUAAAGUUCCAUCAAGGCAAGUAGUAGUUUUAAAAUUUUGGUCAGGAGCUCAUUAAUUUAGUUUGAUCAUUGUUCUGUUAUCAACAUUUCUUUGUCAUUACUUGUUUUGUGCUAUUUUAUUCUUGUAUGUGAAUUUAGUUUAGUAAAUUAAUGUUAAAUAACACCCGCUGUAAAUUAACUAUUUAAAAUUUUAUGCUUGACCUAGCUGAUAAAAAUAUUAGGAAUAUUUCAUUUCAAUUGGCCAAUCAAUAUGUUGUAAUACUAGACUGAUUAAUCAUGUAUCAUUAUUCCCUGAAAACUGAUUAAUUGUUAUAAUUUACUGGGCACAACUGUUGCACAUUUUAACUUUUCUUGACUGGUCAUUUUCACUACUCCUGAAUAUACUCACUCAAUCAAUCAAUCAUUAAAGUUCCAUCAAGGCAAGUAGUAGUUUUAA